AUGAGUCGUCCAUACACGACCGCCGAGAAGAUCCCAGAGAUCCAUCUCAUAGAUCACGACGAGACAGUCGACAUCGAAACCCAGGGCGAACAAAGAAGUCUUCUUUACCGCCCUAUCCGCGGAGAGAUUAAAUACAGACAUGCCGAACCCCAUAAAAAACUCAUAGUUGUUAUCGUUGCUCUCUUAUUAACCUCGGUCGUUGCUACGAUUGGUGCUCUUAAGAUGAGCUGUGGUGGGGACCAUGCAGGAGAUGCUAUUCGCCAUUUAGGAAAUAUGCCUGGUAUAUUCAAGCGUAUUGUUGUUCCACUAGGGUGGGAGAAUAAAAAUAUCAAUCUGACCGAGGUGGAAACCACCGCUGAAGUAACAAAACGGAUUGUUGUUCCACCUGGAUGGAAAGGUAAAGGCGAAGACUUGAAAGAAGUUGAAACCACAGCUGAGGUUACAAAACGAAUUGUCGUCCCCGCUGGGUCCAAGGAAACUUCUGAUGAGGGAGAUAUUUUUGAAAGAGACUUUACUUUGAAACGUCCACAAGGAUGGACUGGGAAAGUUCCUUCGAAAGGUAUUGACAAGAGGGACAAAGAUUCCUGGAAGAAGCCAAAGGGUUGGCAUUCAAUCAGCAACAUUGAUAAAAGGGUAGUCAACCGUCAAUGGAAGAACCCAAAAGGUUGGAAGGGACGCAUCAAUCCCAUUGAAAAUCGAGGGAUUUCGACAAAGCCAGGUUCUACCGGUAUCAUUGGCGGAGCGGUCAGCACCGUCGGAAGCACCACUGGAGGGGUUGUAGGUUCCCUCGGCACUGCUAUCAACGCCAGUAUCACCGUUCCACUUUAUUCCUACCCUGGCGAUGGAGCACAAGAUUGGGCACCAGUCUUCAAAGCCUUGAAUUCAUCCGCCAGCACCAAGUUCACCAUUAUCAUUAACCCAAAGAACGGUCCCGGAAGCGGUGAUCCAGAUGUCAACUUCCAAACUGGAAUCAAAAAGCUCAAAUCAUUUUCCAAUGCUCAAGUAUUUGGCUAUGUUCACCAAUCCUAUAGUAAACGACCAGUGGCCGACGUUCAAGCCGAUUUACUAGCCUAUGCAGCUUGGAGAGCUCCAAAGAUCGGUAUCACACUCGACGGAAUCUUCUUCGACGAGUCCCCUGAUUCCGCUGCAAACGCUUCAUAUGUCGCAACUGUAAACACCUUCGCCAAGGCACAAGGUCUAUCGACCACUAUCCAAAACCCUGGAACCGUUCCUUCAAAGGAGUAUUUUGCUUCAACCCAAAACACGGAUAUCACCGUCGUCCUUGAAGACAGCUUUGACGAUUACAAUACCAUUGCGGCCAAGUAUGACGGUCUUGCUGCUCAGUACGGUGUUUCAAAGAGUGCUUUCAGUUUUAUUAUCUAUGAGGCUCCGACGGAUUCGCAGAGUAUUCGCGCCUCUGUCACCAAAAUGACGAAACAAGUUGGACACGUCUUUAUGUCUGAUCUUACGCAGCAUGAUGCGUAUACAAAUAUUUCGAGUGAACAUUUUACAACAUUUAUUUCUGCUAUGGUUAAAGCGUUUUCGUCGUGA